AUGAUGAUCAGUGCUGUGAGCAAACCCAUUUUUCGUAGCACACCAAUGAGAUGGACCAGGUUGCUUAGCACCGAGAAACCAAAACCGCCCAAGAAAAGCAAAGAAGAAAUAAUGAAAGAAAAAACACCUAGCGGAAAGCUUGAUGAAUGGAAGCCUUACGAAGAUCCGUAUCUCAAGAAACAUCCGGGAGGUGUUAAUCCAGUUACCGGCGAGAUUGGAGGUCCAGCUGGUCCGGAACCGACGCGGUACGGUGAUUGGGAGCGAAAAGGACGUGUCACAGACUUUUAG